UGUUUGUAGAGAUUUUUUCCGCACGGUGCGUGUAGCGCGGUGACACAAGUCGAUGUAUGUGGAUGACAGUGAUGCUGUGAAAUAUUUACACACCCAGAUAGUUUUUCUCGGCCAAUGGGCUGACGGCGUGGGCGGAGCAAGAUGUUGAGUGACAUUCCUCGAGAUGCCCUCCUCCGCCCCCUCACCCGGAAUGAGGUGGUGGGGAUGCUGGUGAGACUCACCGUCUUCGGAGCGGCAACCUAUUACAGCAUCAAAUGGGUGGUGGAGGCCUUGGACCCGACACAGAAGCAAAAAUCCCAAGCCAAGAAGCGGGCCGAGCGGUUGAUGAAGCAGAUCGGCGUCGAGGGCGUCGGUCUGACCGAGUACGAAAUGAACAUCGCAACUCAUCUCGUCGACCCCCGCGGCAUCAAAGUGACCUGGAGAGAUGUCGCCGGACUAGAUGAAAUCAUCUCAGAGCUGCAAGACACCGUCAUCUUGCCUUUCCAGAAACGCCACCUGUUUUCUGGCUCCAAACUCUUGCAGCCUCCCAAAGGGGUGUUAUUGUACGGACCACCGGGGUGUGGAAAGACUUUAAUUGCCAAAGCUACAGCGAAAGCAUCCGGAUGCCGCUUCAUUAAUCUCCAGGCCUCCACUCUGACCGACAAGUGGUACGGCGAAUCUCAGAAGCUGACCGCCGCCGUGUUCUCGCUGGCCGUCAAGAUUCAGCCCUGCAUCAUAUUCAUUGACGAAAUCGAUUCAUUCCUGAGGAACCGUUCCAGUAUGGACCAUGAGGCCACCGCUAUGAUGAAAGCCCAGUUCAUGAGUCUGUGGGACGGACUAGACACAAGCUCAAGCAGCCAGGUGAUGGUGAUGGGGGCCACCAACAGACCACAAGAUGUGGAUGCAGCGAUACUCCGCAGAAUGCCCACAACCUUUCACGUAGGGCUGCCUAAUGCAGCUCAAAGAGAAGAAAUCCUCAGACUCAUUCUGUCUGGAGAAAAUUUAAGUAAUGCGAUUAACCUGAAGGAAAUAGCGGGUCAGACCGAGGGCUACUCCGGCAGUGAUCUGAAAGAGCUGUGCCGAGACGCCGCCAUGUACCGCGUCCGAGACUACGUCCGCAAACAGCAGAUGAAACAGAUCGCACAGCAGUUCCAGCUGGACGAAGACGAGCAUGUGGACAGCACACAGCUGAGGCCCGUGACUCAACUGGACCUGCUGUUUGGCCUAGAUAAGAUGAGGGAGUCCAAACAGGCCACGGCUACAGCUGACCCAGCAAAUCUGAGAGAGGUGCCUCUGGACUGAAAACCUCUCGCUUUACACCCUCAUACAGUCAUACUCUCUCUGUCUCUCUCUCUCUCUCUCUCUGUCUCUCUCUCUCUCUCUCUCUCUCUCUCUCUCUCUCUCUCUCUCUCUCUCUCUCUCUCUCUCUCUCUCUCUCUCUCUCUCUCUCUC